AUGGCAACUCAGCAAACCGCUAAGACACAAUAUGCCAAGUCACCCAAAGGUGUCACGUUUGCAUACCGCCAAAUAGGCAAUGAGUCUGGCAUCCCCCUUGUACUUUUGACCCAUUUCCGAGGCACAAUGGACAAAUGGGAUCCUCUCAUUGUCAACACCCUCGUAAAGAGCCGCCGCAUCAUCACGGUCGAUUAUGCUGGUGUUGGUCUCAGCAGCGGCGAAGUAGCCACUUCAAUCCGUCAAUCCGCCGCCGAUAUAACACAGUUCAUCGAACUGAUCGGCGAAAAAGAGAUUGAUCUUCUCGGUUUCAGCAUUGGAGGCUACGUCGCUCAGAUGGUAGCCCUCAACGCGGAUCCUAGUAAGGUCAAAGUCCGCAAAUUGAUCCUUGCAGGAACAGGUACUAGCUACGGACCUGAUCUUGUGUACUCCCAGAAUAAAGAUGUUGGCUCUGUUGCAGGCGUCAAAGAUGUAGACAUCAAUGUGUUCAAGACACUCUUCUUCCCCAAGAAUACCGAGGGAGAUGCUGCUGCUGAGGCCUGGUGGUCGAGGAUUCACGAGCGGAGUGCAGCGUCGAGUGGUGAAGAGGCUUCUCUCUGGCUGAGCAGUGGGUAUAAAGAUGGUGGUAAAGGACUUAUGGGGCAGGUUACACAGGGACAUGACUUUACAGAGAGUCCGGAGAAAAGCAAGGGAGAAGACGGCGCUUACGAGCGGUUGGCCGAUCUCAAGAUCCCGGUUUUGGUUGCGAACGGAAGCAACGAUUACAUGAUCCCCACACCAAACAGCUAUCUCAUCUACCAGAAGGUUCCGAAUGGUCAGCUCAUUCUUUAUCCCAACAGCGGCCAUGGCUUCCUCUUUCAGUACGCUCCGAGCUUUGUCAAACAUGUAGAGACAUUCCUCGAGGGUUAA